ACAACCCCCCCUACUCGAGCUGUUGGAAUUAUGGUGGUCGUCUCGCCUGCAACUGCAAAUGCACGCAUCUGCAUCUUCCUCACCGGCUGCCUGCUCUGCUUCCUCCUGUCCCGCGGCCAUGUCCACGCUGCAGCCGCCUCCCCGGCGUGGCCACUGUCCUUCAGCUUCGACUUCUCAAACACCUCCAACAACCGUCUGCAAGAGCAAGACCUCCGGCUCGAGGGCGACGCGGAAAAGAAGGACGAUCUGGUUGACCUCACCUGCAACUUCGGCAAGCCCGAGAAGAACGAGUACUGCAAGGGCCGGAUGUCGUACCGCGACCCGGUGCCCUUGUACGACAACAGCACCGGCGAGGUGGCCAGCUUUACCACAACCUUCACCUUCUCCACCCACAUUCUGCCCAACACAACAUGGAAGGGGGAAGGCAUAACCUUCUUCCUCUCCGCCUACCCGUCAAGAUUACCGCUGCAGUCGUGGGGCAGCUUACUCGGCCUCACCGAUAGUUACGAUACUAGCGCCACCGGUGCAGAGCGGUUCGUCGCCGUCGAGUUCGACACCUCCUCCGACUGGUGGGAUCCCAUUGGAGACGAGCACAUCGGCAUCGACUGCAACUCCAUCACCUCGGUCAGCACCACCAGGUUGCUGGGCUACAGCCUCAAUGGCACCAUGACGGCGACCAUUACUUUUGACAACACCACCCGGACGCUGGAGGCCACCCUGCACUUUGAUUACGAUCCUUCUCUUCCUACCGCUCGGAUCAAGACGCAGUUACCUGAUCGCCUCGAUGACUUGCUCCCGCCGGAGGUGUCGGUCGGGUUCUCUGCGGCCACUAGUAACUACACUGAGCUGCAUCAGAUACACUCUUGGUCCUUCAGCUCAACUAUCGCACCCAGAGCCAGAGAAACACCUACGUUGGCUAAGAGGAUCCAACCAGAGCAAGGUGAUGAGGUGCUCCGUAAGAAAGGACGUCGUCGUUCGUUCAUUAUUGGAGGCGCAUUCAGUGCGAUCGCCUUGGUGGUAAUGUGGUCGAUCUUGUCGUGGUGUAGGUGGAGAAGCACACGUGACUCCUUUGGAAUGGCAAGUCGUCUCAAGAGAUUUAAGUACCACGACUUGUCUAUUGCCACCGACAGAUUCUCCGAUGAGAAGAAGAUCGGGGCGGGUGGCUUCGGUGUGGUAUACAGUGGGAGCCUCAAGACCGACCAACCGGUAGCCGUGAAGAAGAUUCUCAAGGACUCGAGGGGUGAAUUCAAGGACUUCCUAGCGGAGUUGGACGCCAUCGGCCGAACCGGCCAUGGCAACGUGGUCAGACUCGAAGGCUGGUGCUGCAGUAUAAAUAAUUUCAUGUUUUGGUGCUUGCGCAGACAGAACGUCAAGCUCUUCCUUGUCUAUGAACUUGUGCCUAAUGGCAACCUCCACCAGCACCUGCACGAAAGGGCCGAGGUUCUGACAUGGGCAAAGAGGUACAAAAUAGUGAAGGGCAUAGGGUCCGCUCUUCAUUACCUCCACCACUUAUGCAAGCCAUCCAUCUUGCACAGAGAUGUCAAGCCAAGCAACAUACUCCUGGACCAUGAUUUCAACGCCAAGCUCGGCGACUUUGGGCUGUCGAGGGUCGCCCGAGAGAACGAAGAUUCAUCGAUGUUGACGGCGAUGGCGAUUGGGACUGCGGACUACAUGGAUCCGCAGUGCAGAAAGCAUGGGCAGGUGAAGCUGCGCUCUAGCUCCGACGUCUACAGCUUUGGGAUCGUCCUCCUAGAGAUAGUGCACGGAGAAAAUAACCCAGACCUGGUCCGGAAGCUGCAUACAGAUCGGCCAGAAACAUUUGCGAAGGAUGUCGCUGACAAGAAGUUGGCCGGACAGUUUGACAAGACGGAGAUGGAGCGCGUGAUUGUCCUGGCCAUCCGGUGCUCUGAACGAGAUGAGAACCAACGGCCUUCGAUGGUUGCUGCAAUGCAAUUCCUGGAGAACGGCGGAGAGUUGCCCCCUGCCACAGCCGAUCGAUCGACGCCACUCUAGCCAGUGUUGCUCCUGCCACCCGAUUGUCCUCGAUCUUAAUAGACACCUAGAGUAUCAUUUUGGCUCUGGUUGUUUGGUGUGUCUGACUAUAUUUUACUCCCUCCAUUCCCAAAUAUAAGUCUUUCUAGAGAUUCCAACAAGUGACUACAUACGGAG